CUUUUCAGCUGUUACCAUGGUCCUUACGUUGAACUAGCAUCCGUCUGCUACUUCAACUUGGCCCGAUUUAAGGACCACGUGUUCGUCAAUCGGAGCUUCUGGUGGCCAAUUGUCUUCAGGAAACCACAGUGGCUAAAUAUGUCCGCAAUGGCGUCUAACUGGACUACGUUCCAUCGGCCUCUGCCAGAGGAACUCCGAGAGACAUCUUCUUGCUAAUUCUUGCUAGCUCAGUGCUCCCGUCAUAUUUCUAUAGCUGGCACAGCCUACCAAGAAGAACCGUCCUCUCGGGGGCCAUGCCUUUCAUUCUAAGAGACUCGGCUAACUCGCGAUUUCGGCAUGCACGGAGCUAGUGUUCAUUCUUUCAAUACCAAACUCUCACUUUCGAUGCUGACCCAAAGGCGGAAACCGUUUUUCGUAGCCUUCUUCGCGACUUUCUCCUCCCUGAAAGUAUUGGCUAUUGACGCUACGUGUUCGAAUACUGCAUACGACUGGGCCUUUAACUCUCUAUCGCAGUCUCCAUGCCAAAUUGCUACCGAUUUGGGAGAAGUAUGCGACAGCUCAUUUUCUAUCCCAGCAUUACCGUCUGGUUCGGUAUAUCGAGGCCCAUCGGGGGGCGCCAGUCGCAUGGAAUGCAGGUGCAACACAGUGUAUUACUCGCUCUUGUCCGUGUGCGCAGAUUGCCAGGGAGGUGGCGUCACAAUAUGGUCGACCUAUAGUAUCAAUUGUACGAGCAAGUACAAUAUAUUUCCUCAUGACAUUCCGAGUGAUACUGCUGUACCACAUUGGGCUUAUCUCGAACUCCUUUCCAAUGGCACUGUCAAUAUGGCAGCUGCUGAAACCGACACCGGCGCGGAAGCUACGGCGACUGCAACAUCUUCCUCUGCAUCAGUGACCCCCACGUCAAGCGUAGCUUCUGGACCUGAAACAACUAGCACGUCAGCUUCGUCCGAAUCAUCUAAAGAUCUUGCGGGCGCUAUCGCUGGGGGUGUUGUCGGUGGCCUCCUCGGAGUAGGCGCCAUUAUGAUAGGGAUCAUUCUCUUCGUACUUAGGCGACGAAGGCAGAAGCGACUGGGUCGGCCGCAAUACCCGGAGCCUAUAUAUGUCGCACCGUCAAGCACGGGUCAGAAGCUCUACGAUCCUAAUGACCCAGCGACGUUCCCCAUCUCGCAUUCGCCUAUGACUGCAGGGGAAUACUCGUCGAUGAAUACACGAUUCGAGGACCAUCCAUAUUUUGUAACGCCAGACCAACAAACAGUGGGUCGUGGAAGCCCCGCGAUGGCUUCCUACAGACCCUUAACACCCGCUCGAGAUUAUAGAGGCGUCCCAGAGAUUGAUGCCCCGUCUUUCAAUCCCCAUGCUAUCAGUGGGAAUGUUUCCAGAUGACAAUCUUUACGCCAUUCUCUCGUUACUUAAGGACUACGGAUUUUACUUUUAUAUAUUCCUUCAUUGUCACGGUAUAAUCAUGUUCAUCACA